CAGAAUUCACAGGGAACCUUGCUGAAGAGAAGUCCGUCUUUUUUCCUGAGAAGGUAUUUUAGUCCUCUAGAAAUGGCAGCCUCCGGAGACAUUCAGAUUAAGGAGCUGGACAAGCGGGCCUCUGGCCAGGCCUUUGAGGUGAUCCUGGCUCCCCCGGCACCAGAUGCCAGGGUAGAUUUCCCUCUGUCCCCUCCCAAGAAGAAGGACCUCUCGCUGGAGGAGAUCCAGAGGAAGCUGGAAGCUGCAGAGGAGAGACGCAAGUCUCAUGAAGCCGAGGUUCUGAAGCACCUGGCUGAGAAACGGGAGCAUGAAAGGGUGGUGCAACAGAAAGCUCUGGAGGAGAACAAUAACUUCAGCAAGCUGGCCGAGGAGAAACUGAACCAGAAGAUGGAGGCCAACAAAGAGAACCGCACCGCGCUCAAGGCAGCGAUGGAGGAGAAGUUCAAGGAGAAGGAUAAGAAACUGGAGGAGGUUCGAAAGAACAAAGAAACCAAAGAGGGCGCCUCAGAAGACUGAGCUGUGCGAGGAGGGGGUUGUACAGGGGUUUUUGUAUCCAAAGAUUUAUUUUCAGUUUGAUGGCCAGUAUUUGUGUUCUGCCCACCUUAAGAAAAAGCAAAAAAUAUAUUAAAAAACACUGAAUAUUCCAAUGCUCUGUAGUCUACCUGCAAUGUGUUUGUUGCUUAACCAUUUAGGAUAUGUAGCUUGUGGCUUCAGUUAAUGAUUAGCUGUGAGUACUUUUCCUGUAUGGAAGCAUGUGUCUAUGCAUAGGUAAACUUAUCUAUUCCAUAGUGUGCUUUUGGAAAUGUGUGCCUGAGUCUCACCGGUUCAUGGCACUGAAUGAGCCCAGUUUGUUCAUCUGGAUACAGUCAUCAGUGUCAUGCUGCUUUUACUGCCCUGGACCAAUCUUACUCAGAAGUCCUUACUGCUGUGGCCAUGUUCUGCAUUUGUAAAGAUGGAUUUGUCUCAAAGCACUUCAUGAGUUGUAAGACCAUAGAAGGAUUUUGCUACACCUGUAAAUGGAUGUCAUCUUUGAAACCAUAAAGGGGGGUCUACACAAGCAAUAUACUGACAUCUCCAUUGAGGUUGUAACUAGUUGACUUGGAACUGUUGUACUGACAAAUAAAGUUUAGUAAACUUGAA